AUGGUGUACAAGUUGGUGGUCAUGGGCAGCUGUGGUGUGGGCAAGAGUGCACUGAUUGUCCGACUAGUCAAGAACUGCUUUGUGACAGACCAUAACCUCAACAUUGAAGAUUUCUACCCCCAAAUAGUGGUGGAUGGCAAGCCCUGCCAACUGCAAAUCUUUGACACCGCAGGCAAUGAGGAGACCCCACAUCGGUUCCGGGACUUCCUGCUCUGGGGAGAUGGCUUCCUCUGUGUCUAUGCGGUGGAUGACAUCAAGUCCUUUGUGGAUGUGAACAUCUUCCGGGACCAGCUGAUCAGAGUAAAGAAUACUGAACACAUUCCAUUUGUCCUGGUGGCCAACAAGGCUGACGUUGCCAACUGCCUUGUGUCUCCGGUGCUAGGCCAGGCAAUGGCCAAGGACUUCCAGGUGCCCUUUGUGGAAGUCUCAGCCAAGACGGGUCAGAGUGUGGAAUAUGCUUUUCAAGAACUUGUUCGUGAAAUUCACAGGAUGUGGGCUGAGGAGCUUGGGCACCUCCCCAUUGAUGAGCAAAACCAAGGCUGUGGGUUCAAGUAUUGCAUGAUCAUGUGA